AUGGCGAGCGAGGAGUGUCAAUCGCUUCUCCUCUCCGAAUAUACUGAAUAUGGUGGCUUGUCCAGUGUUGCCGAGUCAGCCCUCGAGCAAGUGGAACCCUCGGUGCUUUCAUGGGAAGAGUUGCGAGUGAAAGUGAAGAAAUCGGGCCGUGAACUAUUGCAAGGCGUCUCCGGAGUCACUCAGCCUGGUCAAUUGAUGGCUUUAAUGGGCGCUAGUGGUGCUGGCAAGACGACUUUACUCAAUACCCUGCUCAGUCGGAAUCUGAAAGGACUCGAGGUGACCGGCAGAGUGCUUGUCAAUGGGAAUCAGAUCGGUCGAGGCAUAACAGCUGUCUCCGGGUAUGCCCAACAAGAAGAGCUUUUCGUCGGCACACUCACCGUUCGAGAGUAUUUGAACAUACAGGCUCGACUUCGUGUAAAUGGCUCAAAGGAGAAACGAACGAAGAGAGUGAUGGCUGUUUUAAAGCAAUUAGGCUUAUUGAAAUGUCAACACACACGGAUUGGAGUGAUCGGGGUGAAGAAAGGAAUAUCUGGUGGAGAAGCUAGACGAUUGACCUUUGCUUGUGAAAUGCUCUCAAACCCUGCGAUUCUCUUUUGUGAUGAACCAACAACAGGUCUUGACUCUUUCAUGGCUGAAUCGGUGGUGGCGGUGUUGUCACGAUUGGCUCACUCUGGAAGAACCGUCAUUUGCACGAUUCACCAGCCAGCCUCUCAACUCUACGAGAUGUUCGACUCGGUGAUGUUUCUCGCGUGCGGGAGGACCGCGUUUCUGGGCACCCCAGCUGAAGCGAUCCGCUUUUUCGAGCGAGCUGGCUACCCAUGUCCCCACAGCUACAAUCCCGCCGAUCUCAUCAUUCACACGUUGGCCAUUGUGCCCGGCAAUGAGAUUGAAUGCAACCACCGGGUUGAGGAGAUCACUCAGCUCUUCGAUUCGAGUGAAUUUGGGGAGAAAUUGCAGAGGGAUGUGGCUGCUGUUGAAUUGAGAGCGGCUCCAGCCGGUCGACAACGGGCCGACCGUUUCGCGCAAUUCUCGGCUCUCACCGAACGGGCUUUUCUCGACAAUUGGCGAAAUCCGUCACUGGCUCGCGCAAAGAUCAUUCAAAAGAGUGUCAUGGGUCUCUUUGUCGGCCUACUCUACUUACGCACGGAAAUCGGUGCACCAGCUGGCAUCGAUAACAUCAAUGGAGCAUUGUUCUACUUGGUCUGCGAGCUGACCUACUCGACUCUUUUCGGGAUUCUGACGUUUCUGCCUGGUGACUACCCGUUGGUCGUCAGGGAAUAUCACGAUGGACUUUACAGUGUUUCCUCUUAUUUCGUCUCUCGAUCGCUCUCCUAUGUCCCACUAUUCACCAUUGAUGGUUUAGUGAUGAUGAUUGUCGCGUAUUUCAUGAUUGGGUUGAAUGUCACUCUUCAACAGUUCUUCACAUGCCUCCUCAUCUCUGUCUUGAUCGAACAAUCGGCCUCGGCUUUCGGCGUGAUGUUGUCAACGGUGUCUCCUUCAUAUCCAGUAGCUGUUUCACUAGCAGGUCCAUUACUGACACUGCUAUCGCUGACGGGAGGUCUUUACGCAAAUGUGGGUCAAAUGCCCGCCUACAUCUCGUGGAUACAGUACUUGUCGUGGUUCCGCUAUGGUUUUGAGGCGCUAACUAUCAAUCAGUGGUCGGAAGUGUCGGCGAUUCCCGGAUGGAGUAAUGACACGUCCAAACGCGAUGCCACUCUCGAGAAGUUGUCCUUCUCGGCGUCAAUGCUCUGGCCAGACGUGUCAAUCAUGGCCGCUUUCAUUCUCGUCUUCUAUAUUAUCGGAUACAUCGGGCUGAUGAUACGCGUACACCGAGCAAGA